AUGGGAAAAAAACAGGAAGUUAGUUACUUAGAACCUACAUUAGCUUUAAAUAUUAUCUCGUGGGGCAAUGUAUAAAACAAAAUUCAAUUACACAUACAAUUUUGUGUUUGACGUGUGAAAUUUUCAAUAUAUGUGUCUGUAAUCAUAUAUUUGUAUAUGUAUAUAACAAUAUAUGUAUAUAACAGAUUUCUUUGUUGCGUCCAUCAUGUGUUUAGAAAUUACUUUGUACAUAAUAUAAAUAAACAAUAAAAAUGAAUAAAUAAAUAAAUAUAUCAAACUUUCAAAAGUAAACGCUGUGUGUAUGUAUGUGUGUGACUCCAUUAAACAUAUGCAUAUUUAAUAGUAAUGCAUAUGAAUUAUAUAAUAGUAAUGCAUUUAAUUAUUUUCUCAUUAAAGUUUCUAUUAUUUUUUAAUAAAUUAAUUUUAUAUAUUUAUCAUUAAAUUUGUGAAUAAGUGAUAAAAAUGAAACGAUUUUUUUCAGAAAACGAUAAAUUUUAAUAUUAUGAAAUUUACAUCAUUUAUAAAUUCGUAAAAUAUAUAAAAAAUUAUUUAAAGAAUUACUGAAAUUUCUAAAUUAAACACUGCAAAUAUUUAAAGGGUUACUGGCAUUUCUAAAUUAAAUAAGUUGCUUUUUAUUUUGAUCUUUUAUUAAAUUGUAAAAAUGACAAAUUAUUUAGAAAGUACUAAUAAUUUUGUCGUUUAUAUAAAUUUGUUUCCAAAAACUUUAAGUUUCCAAGAGCUUUAAGUAAAAUUUUAAGUAGAAUUUUCAGUAAUGUAACUGAUACUUAUAUUUAAUAGUUAAAUAAAAUGAAUAUAAAAUUAAAUCAGAUUGAAGGGAAUCGGACCGAUAACUAUCGUGGUUCAAAUAAUCUUUAUUUUAAAAAUAUAAAGUGAUAUUGCAAACAUACAUUUAUAUGAUUAUUAUUAAUGUAAAUAAUUAUUUAACAAUCUUUAUUUAUUAAAUAAUUGAACAAAUCUAAUGUACGCUAUAUUUUUUAUAAUUUAAAGUGCAUAAACAUAACCUAUAACAAUAAAUGAUACGCUUGACUAAUAAUAUAAAUGUUACUUGUUAUAAUAAAAAAGACAAUGUAUAAAUGUUAUUGACAAUAUGGUGAAAUAAUUUAUAAUUAUAAUUUUAAGAAUAUUGAUUAUAUUGUAUAAUAAAAUAUCCAAAACAAAUUAUGAUGCUUUGUGCUAUAGACUUUGUUUAAGAAUGAUUGGUUUGUGUUAAAUAGAUUCCAGAAUGAAAUAUUCCACCUCACCACCAGUAAGUAGAUGUAAUUCACCAGGUCCAAUUGAAACAGGAUCAAAUUUACCUAUGCCAGUAACUUACAGACAAGAUUGUAUGGGAGCAGCAACAAAAUGUUACAAAUAUCUAAGGAAAUUAUUAAAAUUUGAACAAAUGGACUUUGAAUUUGCUUUGUGGCAAAUGAUCUUUCUGUUUAUAUCACCACAGAAAGUAUAUAGAAAUUUUCAAAGUAGAAAACAAACAAAAUCACAAUUUGCAAGAGAUGAUCCUGCAUUUUUGGUACUAUUGAUGUGUUGUCUGUGUAUAUCUUCCAUUGGUUUUACAAUUGUUUUGGGAUUAGGAUUUCUUCAAUUUGUAAAGCUACUAUUUUAUAUGAUAUUUAUUGAUUAUCUCGUAGCUGGUCUAAUAGUAGCAACAGAUUGAUAAAACUCAGGAUGUAGAAUGGGGCUAUGCAUUUGAUAUACAUUUAAAUGCAUUUUUUCCACCUUUAAUUAUACUUCACAUUGUACAGUUAUUUUUCUAUAAUGGUUUUAUAAAUUAUGAUACAUUUUCAUCACGAUUUGUUGGAAAUACAAUCUGGUUAAUAGCUGUUAGUUACUAUAUUUAUAUAACAUUUUUGGGUUAUACAAGCAUGGAAAUACUUCACAAGACACAUAUAAUAUUAUCAACAUUACCAAUAAUAUUACUAAUAUAUAUUAUGACAUUAUGCGCAGGUAUUAAUAUUAGUCAUUUAGUUAUGGAAAUCUAUCAUUAUCGGGUUGUUUAAAUAAAAUUUAUCGUUUUACUACUUUAUUUCAAAUUCAAUCUUUAAUACAUACUCUUAUAUAUAAAAAUUGAAUGAAUAUAACAAUGGAAAUAUUUAUAAUUAGGAAAAAUUAUUGAUAUGUUGAAUAAAAAGAUCGGGGUAUUUAUUUUUUCUUUAAAACAAAAUAAAAAAGAUAUAUUAAUAUAUUUCGUUAUAAAAUUCUUUUUAAUAAUUAUACAUUUAAAUUAAAUAUAACAUAUCAUUUAUAAUAGUCACAAAAUUAA